UGUAUGGUGCAGUUACCGCGUGACAUGAUAGACCGCGAGACACGAGUCUGACGAGAGCAAUGCGGUAACUAUAUAGACGUACGGGGCCGUGGCUUUGAUGAUGCCGUUGCUCGACAAGUUGCUGCCGUCGAGAAAGAGUAGUGACAGUGCCGAGAGCCCAGUGUCCGGUGCGCGAACAGCUGUGAACGAUGGAGACUCCGUGUUGCAUCUUGGAGCGAAUCAAGUGCGGAUUUUGCUAUUUCGAGAAUGCGAAUGGCGCGGUAGGAAAGUUCUCUUCGAUUCGAUGACGGUGCAAAAGCACCGAAGUAAAAGCGAAACCGUGUGCACAGCGGUGAACAACAAUGCGGAGGGAAAGUGCGAGGCGUCCUUUAACAUAGGAACCACUCGCGAUUUCGAGCGAGAUAAGACGAUCGAGAAUGAUGUGAGCUUGCUAAGCGAAAUGGUAUUCGGUACAGUGGCAAUGACGUACAGGGGAUCAUCGUUCAAGGUUCAUUCGAUGAGUUCUCCGCCGUGCAUUAUGUGUACAAAAAUUUUUCCUAUGACAGAACACAACACAUGCAAAUCAAAUGAAAGAGUUUCGGAUGAAGGACUAGGACGAUCUAUGCACAUGGAUUCUGUCUCCAGCAACACUAAUAUGCGAUCUCUUUUCUCCCGGCCAAGCUCUGGCAAUCUGUCGGGCACCGAUUUGCACGCCGGUCCACGGAAGAAUUCAACGUGUUCGAGUAUUGGCAGCGGCUGGGACAUAGACAUAACUCCGCCGACGGGCAGUUUGCAAUCGUUGGAGAGCAAUGGAUCGUCCGGCAUCGGCAGCCUCACCAGCUUACGUAGAAGAUGGCUGAGAGCAGUCUCGACCUCUCUCGGACGAUCGGAUUCCGACGACGUAUUCGGGAUGCAGCACUGGAUCGAGAACGGAAGUGACGGGCGGUGCGAUGGUCACGCGAAGCGUCACAAGACCAGGCUGGGUUUGACGAUAUUGGUGCGAUUGACUCCGGGCCACGAAAGCCAGAUGCAGACGCGCCUUUUAGAACACAUGGCUCUGGUGGAAGGGAUGUUGGAUCGUUUGCGAUACUUCUGCAUCGAGAGCAGCAGCAUCAAUGGUUCAAAUUGCAAGGGAAUGCAACUGGCGGAUAAGAUGUGUAAGGCGACGUCUCGAUUUGUUGUUUCGCCGUUGCACAUACUUCUCAACGCCGACGUUGGCAAUCGCACUCCUCUGCUAUGGCACGAGGUUCUACUUAACUCCGUGACAGUGAAAGAGAAGACUAAUACCUUGCACCGGAGUUUGCAACAGAUGUGUCAGUUAUUCGACGAGCUUGACACGAAGUCAACAAAUUUCUUCCUAAGCACCGUGGUGACCGCUGUGUUGACAUAUCAUCUCGGUUGGGUGUAUACCGUGCUAUCUCCGCAUGAUCGGCAGAUGAUCGAGAAGCUGGGCAGCUGGUAUUCUUGCAAUCCGCUGUGGGCGCAGCUUGGUGAUCUGUACGGCGCGUUAGGCAACCCCGUGAAAGUGGCGCAUACCGUAGUCGCGGGCGAUUCCCGGAAAAGCGAUCUAAUUAAUUCCGUGCUGUCGUUUCUGUCUUACUUUAUUCGCAGCGGACUAAUACGGAAGCACCGGGAGUACCGUUGCUCGUUACAGCAAGACGUGCAAAAAGCGACGAACAUGCUGGAGCAGGCUCGCAGCAAGCGGCCGUACCUGUUCAACAACAAAAGGCCGACGUGCAAUGAUCGAGACGUCUCGAUCCGCAGACGCGAAUCGCGCGUUUUAUUAUCACGCAAGCCGACGCAAUCGCCCGAUGCCGGAAACGGUGGUGUUAACGAGCCGCGAUGCGCUCCGCAAUAUCCCGCGGAACGGCCAAGGAUCUCGCGAUCCGUCAGCCCUCUGAAGCGUAGCGGCACCAUGAAAGCCGGCCUUGACGCACUCAUGACGAAAUCGACCGAGGCGUCGAUAGAUUUCAAACUUCCGACGAAGGAAUCUUCACCGCGCGAAAGUCACGAGAGCGAGAAAUACGGGCAGGACAAUCGAUCGACUGAGAACGGCGAGAAGAAUUUUGUGCCGGGCAAGGUGAAGAUAAUUGUCAGCGAAAUCGAUUCGCAGGAGGGUGUCACGCCGAAGGGUUAUCAGCCGCAAAAUUACUCGCAGUAUCCCCUGCGAAGUUUUGAGAAGAAGCUGAACGCGCGCGAUGCCGACGAGAGUCUCGCGAGCGGAAAGACCGAGCUGCAUUCUCAAUUAGACAAUCACGUGGAUCCGCUUAAAAUGUACUACAACAGACCCGAAUUGCCGCUCGACUUGAAUCGCGGAUUCGCCGAUGAGCUUAAGGAAUCGCAGGUCUUUUUCACUCUCGGAGGGGAAGAUAAAUUCGCGAAGCUGCCGUCGAGACCACGGCUCGGCAACAACUGUCAGUGCUCCCACACGUUCACGAGGGUGCCGAGUACGUCCGCGCAGCUCCCGGAAGGUGUGCUGCGAAAAAUCAUUCAGCGAAACUUCCCUGAAUCGUCGAAAAGCAUACAGCCACCUCCGGGAACGGCGUCCGGUAUGGGCGCGCGGUCCAUAGGCUUCUGUUUGAAGUGCAACGGUCAGGGAUACGCGGCAUCGCAGAAUUACGACGGUAGCAAACAGGUGCUGGAAACGCCGACGAACGCGACGGAGGUGUUGCGUACGUGUGGAAGUUCCGAGGGGGGUAGAAGCACAAGACUGUCACGGUCGAAUAGUCUUGAGGCUCUAAUGGAAGCCAAUAGCGUUGUGGAAUUGCCGAUGCCAAAGUCGAGAAAAGUUUCACCAAGCAAAGCUGGUUUAAUCAAAGAAAUGGGUUUCACGAAGACCCUCUUGCGAAAUAAAAUGACGAAUGACGAGGCAAACGUUUUAGAUACAAGUUAUACUUGGGGCUUGGUAUUACAAGGUGUGACCAAGAAAAAGAAGAGGAGAAAAAAGAAGAAGACUUCGGAGGGCGAGAGAGACAAUACCGAGGCUGAACCGGAAGAAAAGUGGUGGUCGUGUAUGCGGGAGGAAGUUAUGGCCAGUGCUCGAUUCCCGACGAUCGAUCAACCAGUCGCAGAAGCGCUCUGUGUGCUGGCCGACUUAGACACAUGGCAUGUCGGGAUCUUGUCGAACAACGCGCCCUGCCAAAAUCCACCCUUACCAGUCGGAAUGUCGCGCUUAGUGUCGAAUAUGUUGGAAUCUUUCGCCUAUGUUUGGCGAAAAUAUCGCUCCGUUACUCACUGUAUAGCAAUUCUGGAGGCCAAACUGAGAGAACUGUGGCUGAGAAGCGAAGCUUUGGCAGGGAUGAUGAUGUCCGUGAAAGAGUGCGACGCCAAUAUAAACAAUUUAACCGACGCUCUUGAUCUCGAUGCAGCCGAUAUACCGCUCUUGCUCGCGGUCGCGACGACUCAUUCUCCGGAAAUAGCGCAACGAUUUGGUCUUACGCUAACUUAGAUAUCUACUCGAUUGUUCAUACUGAUUUCUAUCUUUACGUUUUUCCAUUAACAGGUACUUCUGAGUGACGUAUCAAUAUGUGUAAUUGAUAUUUAGAUCGAAAGAAAACAAUGAUCUUUCGUCGAAUACAUAGUGCAAUAUUAUGAUUAAAAUUAUGAAUAAAUAUAAUAAUACAUAUCUAAUUGUAACUUAAAUUAUCAGAACAAAAUAUUAAGAUUGACUUACGUAUUCAACGCUAUUACUCGUUUUACUUUUGUAGCGAAUUGCGUAAUAUUCGUACGUACAAUUUCAAGUGCGCGGUUGAUUCUAACUAAUGUAAUAUGUAUUGUCUGUAUUUGGUUUUUUACACGAUGCUUGCAAUUCUACACUCGAUCAAUAAAAUCUGGGUGAGCUUUUUAAUCUUGUAUUUCCUAACAAUUUCUCAAUAUUAUAAUUUUGUAUCAAUUAUUUUAUAUUUAAAUAAAUUAUUCACACACACACACACACACGCGCGCGCGCGCGCGCGCACGUCUGAGAUGCGAAUCAAAUAUUACAGAUAUACACAUAUGUAAAGAUGAGCUUUAAUAAAACGAAUUUAUCCGU